GUUGGACUCCGUUCUCGCGAUAUUCCGCGAUGUUUCCGGUGUUGUGAACGUCUCUGGGAAAGAUGGCGGUCAGCAUCCGAGGCCGUCCUAUCCGAAGUAUACGGAUGAGAGGUCGAAAUGACAGUGGGGAGGAAAAUGUACCACUCGAUCUCACAAGAGACCCCUCGGAAAACAUGCGAGAGAUUCUCCAGAAUGUGGCCAAACAACAGGGAGUCUCAAACAUGCGCAAACUCGGCCAUCUGAACAACUUCAUUAAGCUGCUCUGCAAUGUCGGGCACUCAGAGGAAAAGUUUGGCUUUACCUAUGAAGAAAUUAUUAUCUGCCUCAGGUUGGCGCUGCUCAAUGAGGCUAAGGAGGUGCGGGCGGCUGGUCUGCGUGCCCUCCGCCACCUCAUCAGAGACAGUAGUACCCUUCAGAAAGUGCUUCGUCUCCAGGUGGACUACCUGAUUGCUAGGUGCAUAGACAUUCAGCAAAGUAACGAAGUGGAACGCACACAAGCUCUCAGACUGGUGAGAAAGAUGAUCACUGUGAAUGCCCUGCUCUUCCCAAGCUCGGUCGCAAACUCCCUCAUCGCUGUGGGCAACGACGGAGUACAGGAGAGGGACCGCAUGGUUCGUGCCUGCAUUGCCAUAAUCUGUGAACUCGCACUGGCGAACCCAGAGAUUGUGGCCAAGAGGGGUGGGCUCAGCACCAUUCUGAAGAAUGUUAUCGACUGUCAGCUCAGUCGAAUCAAUGAGGCUCUUAUGACCACCAUUUUGCACCUGCUCAACCAUCCACGUACACGGCAAUACGUUCGCUCGGAUGUGGAGCUUGAGCAAAUCUUGGCACCUUACACAGACUUUCACUACAGGCACAACCCAGAUACCGCAGAGGGUCAACUCAAGGAAGACAGGGAGGCUCGAUUUUUGGCCAGUAAGAUGUCAAUUGUUGCUUCCUUUCGCUCUUGGUCAGGCAUCAUUAACCUCUGCAAGUCAGGCAAUUCGGGAAUCCAGUCGCUCAUUGGUCUGCUGUGUAUACCAAAUAUGGAAGUGCGGCAAGGUCUGCUGGAGGUGAUGUAUGAGAUAUUCAGACUCCCCGUUCCCGUGGCGACGCAAGAUUUUAUAGAAGCUCUCCUCAGUGUGGACCCCUGUAGGUUUCAAGACACAUGGAGACUGUCAGAUGGUUUUGUAGCCUCAGAAGCAAAAAUUAUACUUCCGCAUAGAGCACGGUCCAGACCUGAUUUGAUGGAUAAUUAUCUCGCCUUGCUACUUUCUGCCUUCAUCAACAGUGGACUUUUAGAGGGUCUGGUGGAGGUGAUCACAAGCAGUGAUGAUAACGUUUCAGUUUGUGCCGCCAUCCUCUUAGGAGAACUCUUGCACAUGGCCAACACCAUCCUCCCUCAUUCCCAUAGUCACCACCUGCACUGCCUGCCCACUCUGAUGAACAUGGCUGCUUCUUUUGAUAUUCCUCAGGAGAAAAGACUACGGGCCAGUGCUGCUGUGAAUUACUUGAAGCGAUUUCACGAGAAGAAGAAACGUGGCCUCAAACCCAGCAGUCUUUACUUGGACCACAUCAUUCGCAACUCGCUGGCUGCUAAUUGCUAUCGGGAUCAGCACAUCAGGCCCCAGAGAGACAUUUUUGUUAUUAAGGACACAGAGGAGGCUCUAAUGCUGAACCUCAGAGAGAGCCAGAUUCUCAAUCAUAAACAGAAUUUGGACUGGAACUGGAUUCUGAUCAGUACCAUACUGAAGUGGCCAAAUGUAAACAUUCGAAACAACAAAGACGAGCAGCUGCACAAGUUUGUGCGAAGGCUGCUGUUUUUCUACAAGCCAAGCAGUAAGCUGUAUGCCAGCCUGGAGCUGGAUCACAGCAAGGCCAAGCAAUUAACAGUGGUGGGCUGUCAGUUUAUUGAGUUCCUGCUGGAGUCAGAUGAGGAUGGCCAGGUGUAUCUUGAGGAUCUGGUAAAGGAUAUAGUGCAGUGGUUGUCCUCAUCCUCUGGGUUAAAGCCAGACCGUAGUCUGCAGAGCAACGGUCUCCUUACCACCCUUAGCCAGCACUACUUUCUCUUCCUGGGCACGCUCUCGGCACACCCGCAGGGUGUUAAGAUGCUCGAGAAGUGCAGUGUCUUCCAAUGCCUGCUGAACCUGUGCUCUCUGAAGAACCAGGAUCAUCUUCUGAAGCUGAUUGUUUCCACACUGGAUUACAGUCGAGAUGGAUUGGCACGAGUCAUCCUCUCCAAGAUCCUCACUGCGGCCACGGAUAAUGGCAGGCUGUAUGCCACCAAGCAUCUGCGGGUGCUGCUCCGGGCAAAUGUUGAGUUCUUCAGCAACUGGGGGAUGGAACUGCUGGUGACUCAGCUUCAUGACCGUAACAAGGCAGUUUCAAUAGAGGCUUUAGACAUAUUGGAUGAGGCCUGUGAAGAUAAGGCAAACCUCCAUGCUCUGAUUCAGAUGAAACCAGCACUGACUCAUCUGGGAGACAAGGGGGUGCUGUUGCUGCUACGGUUCUUGUCCAUUCCAAAGGGGUUCUCCUAUCUAAAUGAGAGGGGAUAUGUCACUAAACAGCUUGAAAAGUGGCAGAAGGAAUAUAACCUCAAGUAUGUGGACCUCAUAGAGGAGCAAUUGAAUGAAGCUCUCACUACCUACCGAAAGCCAGUAGAUGGGGAUAAUUAUGUGCGGCGAAGCAACCAAAGGUUACAGAGGCCAAAUGUUUAUCUUCCUGUGCAUUUGUAUGGACAACUUGUACAUGAUAAAACAGGCUGUCAUUUACUGGAAGCUCAGAAUGUGGUUCCAGAUCUGAGCUACACCGUCCGCUGUCCAGUACUGGACAAAUGGGAUGGCAUAAAACAGCUUAAAGCUGCACUUUGGGCCUUGGGAAACAUUGGCACAUCUAACUGGGGGCUGAACCUCCUGCAGGAAGAAAAUGUGGUUCCAGACAUUGUCGCUCUUGCUCAUGACUGUGAGGUUUUGUCUAUCAGAGGGACUUGUCUUUACGUUCUGGGGCUUAUCUCUAAAACAAAGCAGGGCUGUGAGCUCCUGAAACUCCAUGCCUGGGAUGCAGUCAGGCACAACCGCAGGCAGCUGUGGCCUGUGGUGCCAGAUGAGGUGGAUCAGCACCAGAACCCACAACAGCACCACAACCCACAACAUCAGCAGCCCCUCAUUCAGCUGUCCUCAGUCCCCAGCACCCUCAGCCUGAACUCUGAGUCCACAGGAUCCAGACACAACAGCGAGAGUGACUCCACUCAGCCCAGCAUGUACAUCCUGGAUGACGAAAAGUUGGAAAGUCCUGAGGACCAGCCACUGUACUUCAGAUCCAAACUCCUAAAGGACCGCAGCCCCUUUACCAUCUUAUCCUCCAGCAGAUUGGUGCGUAACCGCUUCCUCAUCUCGCUCUCUGGAAAGAAGCUCCGCAGCACCAGUGACCCCAAAGGCACGGGUGGGAGCACUAAACUCCAGGGUGAGCCCACACUCGGAGGCCUCAGGAGGAUUCGCACAGUCACCGAGCCCUCCAUAUACUCUCCCGUUCAGGGAGAUAUGUUCAGUCCUGUGUUUACUGAUGUACAUCUGCCAAAGAGCCCAAGCGUUAAUCUGGAGACCUCAUUUGUAAGCAACAAAACCUCGGACAAUCAGGGCAGCACAUCCAGUAUCUGCGAUACGGAGGUACGUCUGCACAAAACCGCAGAUCGGAGCUCAGGUGGUGGAGACGGUCAGCGAGAGCAGACGAUUCGGGAAAGGCUAGCCGGCGAUGGCUCCGCCCCCGGAGGCGGAGCUCAGUUCAAAAGCCGCAGUCAGAGUUUUAACACGGACACGACCACCAGCGGCAUCAGCUCUAUGAGUUCCAGCCCAUCUCGAGAGAUGGUGGGCGGCAUGGACUCGUCGACCAUCGAUACGGAUUGCGUUAGCCUCAACACGGUUGUUAGCACUCAAACUGUCAAGACGCUGCACUCCCUCACGCCCCAAUCCAAUCACCUGCCCCUGUCCAAAUCUAACUCUGUGCUACUGAUGCCCCCAGGCUCCUCGCACACUCUACCACGCAGGGCCCAGUCCCUUAAAUCCCCCUCGGUCACUACCAUAUCAAGCCUGACGGACUGCAGCUUCAUGUACACGAGCCCGCGGGAUGCGCUGGGGUACGCUACUCUCAAACGACUGCAGCAGCAGCGCAUCCAACCAUCCCUGUCUCACAGCGAGGCGCUGGCCUCUCCCGCCAAAGAUGUGCUCUUUACUGAUGCCAUCACCAUGAAAACAGGCAGCUUGGACUCCAGACUCACACCACGCAGGUUCCUCAAGGCAUUGAGUUUUGCAUCCCUGGAUAAGGAGGAUCUUUUGAGCCCCAUCAGUCAGACCUCAUUGCAGCGCUCUUCCUCGGUGCGGUCCAUGGUCUCCAGUGCCACAUACUCAGAUGACUACAUCGGCCUUGCACUGCCAAUGGACAUCAACACCAUGUUCCAGAUUAAAGACAUACCAUACUUCCAAAAGAGGACAAGUCCACCAUCAGAGGAUAGGACGGCAAAGUUCUUCUCUGGAGAGGCAGAUGGUUCUGGUGAAAGUUCUAGACAUUCUGUUUUGAGGUCUCAGCUCAGUAUUACAGAGUUGAUUGCGGUGAGCCGAACGGACCAGCACCAGCUGUUGGGUACGGAGGAGACCGGCCUGCAGGAGCACAGUGAUGAGAACUGCCUUUACUGCGUAGGACUGCAGGUGCUCGGCUGCAAUUCAGACACGCCCACCCAAACCCGCCCAGACUAUGCUGACGCUCCAUAUUCGGAGUGGUGCAACCAAACAAUACACAACCUAGAGGUGAUGCCCCAAUCAAAGUUCUCCGGGGUUUCUGGCUGCAGUGAUGCUGUUUCUCAGAGCUCUGUUGGUAGCACACGCAGCACUGAGCUCGUUCUUGGAGUUAAAAACAUUCCAGAAGAUGCUCCAGCCUGCCGUGUUCUCCUGAGGAAGGAGGUACUUCGGCUGGUCAUCAACCUCAGCUCCUCGGUGGGGACCAAAGGAAAUGAAACCGGACUCCUCACAAUCAAGGAAAAGUUUCCCUAUGCGUUUGAUGACAUCUGCCUGUAUUCUGAAGUUUCUUACCUGCUUGCUAAUUGCAUGUUCAGACUGGCUUCCCGACGCUUUAUUCAGGAGCUCUUCCAGGAUGUUCAGUUCAUUCCGAUGUACGAGGAGGCCGAGAGCAUUCUGUCGAUGCCCAAGAAGUCUACCACUGUAGAUCCUCCAUCAGAGCCCUGAUCUACUAGGCGAUUUUAUGCUAUUCUCUUCCCUCAUACACCAAGCUGCCAACCCAUUGCCCUGGCUGUGCACUUAAACUGUUCACGCAAUAAGAGACUAGGGCUGUGGAAUAAACACAGGUGGAUUGAGUGAGUCAUCUUUCCACAGAAAGAAAAAACUGACGGUACUUUAAGAGAACAAACAGGCCUGAACAAAAACAAUCUGCUCACCGGUGGAUGUUGUAACCAAAUAAAUUUGACUGACAGUUACAACACAUUUAAAUUACACGGUUACGCAAACUAUUUAACGGAAAGUAAAACUGAAUUACAGCGGAAAAAAUAGUCAAUGCAAAUUGUAUUUAAACGCAAACCAAAUUCAAGACUCUCUAGGAUGUUUGACGUGGGCAAUUCCUCUAUGGCCGUUAUUAUCCUGUUUAUAAGGAUGUGUUGCAUUGCACGUGACUUCCCGGUCAGAUCCCUCAACACUACAACAUUCCGAUUGUUUCUCUUUGGAAUUCUCUCUUGCUAAUCCUGUCUUUUAACGGAAUAUGAAGAAGUGACUCUUGCAACAAGAAUGACAAACCCUCAGCUUUAGUUUUGAUGCAACUGCUCUGCAAGACAAUCAUCACUAAGUAAUAAUAAUGGACAACUGCCAGAUCACUUUCCUUUUCUGCCUAUUCGACUCUUAUCUUGACACCAAUUCACAAGUAAAUGUGUGUGCAGAUACUUGACGGCUUUGUUUUGCAGUUUUACAAUAUUUACAGUAUUGUACAACUGCAUUAAAACCAACCAUUCGAAAAUCUCACGUUUGCACCAAUAGUAGACAUAUUUAUUUAUUUAUAUACUUAUUUAUUGUUUGGUCCAAGCAGCUCCUAGGUCCUUUACACUUCAAUUUCAUUUCCAGCUCGAUAGUCGGGAUAAAACUCAGCUGCGUGUAUAUGUCUGAUGGUCAGUUAAAAAUGUGACGUGUUAUGCGUCUGGUGUUUAGCAGUUUAAUUCUACUCUUUUUCAUGUAUUUAUGUUCAGUUUGUUUCGCAACUAACCCACCUAUAAAAUUGUUUUUAUCUCUCUGUAUGGAAAAUCAUUAGUGACGCAUUUUUAAAGCCAAAAAACAGACUUAUUUAACAUGUUUUCCAAUAUUUGGGCUAUGACACAGAGGUCAUCAGUUAUUCUUGUAGAAGUAAUCGGUCUUGUAGUCAUCUGACCCAAAUAUUUUUCUCACUGAGUCUCCCGUUAGAAGUCCUUUUUUAUGUGGUGUUUUGAUUAGUCAAGCUGGUUGUCUAAGUCAAGAAUUAAAGUUAAACUGACAAGUUCAUUAUCAAGAAAUGGUAGUGAUUAUUUGUAUAAAUUUAGGUUGCCCAUUAAAAUAUAUAUAUAUAGAUAGCAGCAAUUCUCAGUAUUACAGCAUUUACAGUCUCCAAAGAUUUUAGACCCCUAUAAGGUCAUAAGAUUUUAAGAUCCCUAUGUGCAUUUUACAUUUAGAGUAAUAUCUAAAUUCAGAUCUGAUCUUAUUUGGUGGUGGUUUUGAUUAUUUUCACUUAUUUGUAUUGGCUUUAAUCCAUGUAAAAUUCAUAUGAAAUGGCCCUUUUUAUUUAUUAUAAAAACAACCAAUCUGUCCGUGCCUCUGAAUUAAGCAUCAGGUUUAAACGUCUGUUAAUAUUUGCAUUGUGUGGUCUGCAAUAAAAGUUGUUGCAGUCUUUCAUGCCGAUGAAAUUCUAAAUGCAUGUGCAUUUUAUCCUGUCUGCAAUAUAAUGGUUAGAAUUAGUUUUCCAAGAGCAACUUGGAAUUAAGUAUCAGGUGAUGCUGCUUAAACUAAAUAGUACAUUUAGUUUAAUUUGGCCUUAAUUUAAAAAUUAUUUCGGAAGCUGUCCCUAAUAAUUUUCUCCCAUCUAAGUGUUCCUAAAGGAAAUUAUUGUCGUAUGCAUCUGAAGCGCUCAGGCCAUUAGUAUCAGAGGGUGAUGAUAUCUUUGUGGCUUUUUCCACAUUGUUAAAUCAUGUUCUUGCUUUGUUUUACUCCCACUGGGGGUUUUUUGUACCCCUCAGGAUGAUCGUAAGCCAUGGUUUAAGGAUUUUUAUUGAAAUGCUGGUAUUAAAUGCACUUUUUAAAACCUUAAUGAUAAUGAAAGCGGCAAUUAUUUCAAAGUACUAAAUUGUAUUUGCUGACAAAGUUCCAAAUAUUAGAGGUUGUUUUUCAUCACCGUCGAUGCUAAGAGUGUAAAGGAAAUGCGUAUAUUUUUAAUGUACAUUUGUUCAUUGUAAAACUAAAACAUGUUGCACCUUUCAGUGAUCUUUUUCUGUUAGUGCACUCAUGAUUUUGCAGAGCACUGUAUGAAAUUUAAGCACCAUGUAAUAAUGAAUUUCCUGUGAUGGAUGCAAGUGUUAUUUAUAUUUUCCUUGAAGGGUAAAAAGUCAAACUGUUGUACAUACUUCUGAUGUUUUCUUUACGAUGGGCUUUUGUUGUAUAAUUUAAUGUGUUUUGGGUGUAGGGAGGGGGGCAUUAGUUAUGAGCCUUGAGAAACAAUCUAAUGAAAGGGAUGCAUCCUUAAUAAAAAUAAACCUACGUUUCAUUGA